GUAGAGGGGGUGGGGAAGUGUCUGAUCAUAACAACGGAUCUACAAACGCUCUGCCCCCGCCCCGCUCUGCUAAUGCAGAUAUCAGUCUGCUUCCAGAUCUGCGGAGCGACCUCACGCCCUCCAAAAUAUUUUACAACACGCUCGACCCUUCUCCGCUUGUCCUUUACAUGGAUUCGGGGUUUGAAACUUCCCCAAGCAGCGUGGCGUCCACAUGGACCGUGUCGUCUCCUAACUGCAGGCUCAGGCUCUUCCCGUCGGGGUUUUCGCAUGGCCGGAGCCUGCUGCAAGUGUCCGGUCUCUCUGUCUGUGUUAAAGCGCUCCUUCUCGGUGGCGCCGCGGGGCUGCGGCACCGCUGCUUCUCGGUCGCUCCUGCAGGGCUGGAGGAGGCGCGGGGAGAGGGGCCUGCAGGAGGCCGCCAGACCCUGUAGCGCCAUCAGAGCUGCAGGCUUCUAUCGACAAACAGCCUUUCUUUGUCUCUCCUGCCAGGAGUCCAUGAGCGACAGCCUGCGGAGCUGCUACGUGUAUCUGAACCAGACCAGCCGGAGCUUUGCGGCCGUGAUUCAGGCGCUGGACGGAGAGCUGAGACAUGCAGUUUGCAUCUUCUACCUGGUGCUUCGUGCACUGGACACAGUUGAGGACGACAUGACCAUCCCUCUGGAGAAGAAGGUGCCCAUGCUUAACAAUUUCCACACGUACCUGUACCAGGAGGAGUGGUGCUUCACCGAGAGUCAUGAGAAGGAUCGUCAAGUUUUGGAGGAUUUCCCUACGAUAUCACUGGAAUUUAGAAACCUUGCUGAGGAAUACAGAGAGGUCAUCUCGGAUAUCUGCCACCGGAUGGGAGUUGGGAUGGCUGAAUUUUUGGAGAAGAAGGUGGGAUCCAUGAAGGAAUGGGACCAGUACUGCCACUACGUUGCCGGUCUCGUUGGCAUCGGUCUGUCACGGCUCUUCUCCGCCUCCCAGCUGGAGGAUCCAGAAGUGGGACGGGACACGGAGCUGGCAAACUCAAUGGGCCUGUUCCUCCAGAAAACCAACAUCAUCCGAGACUAUCUGGAAGAUACGCAGGAGGGACGGGCCUUCUGGCCAAGAGAGGCAUGGAGCCAGUUUGCAAGUCGUCUCGAAGAUCUGGCGCAGCCCGAGAAGCUAGAGUCGGCUCUGUCCUGCCUCAACCUGCUCGUCACCGAUGCUCUGCGUCACGUCCCCGACGUCAUCGCCUACCUGUCCCGGCUGCGCAACCAAAGCGUCUUCAAUUUCUGUGCCAUUCCACAAGUGAUGGCAAUAGCUACCCUUUCGACGUGCUACAACAACCCGAUGGUGUUUCAGGGUGUGGUGAAGAUCCGAAAGGGACAGGCUGUCACCCUCAUGAUGGAAGCCACCAACAUGAGAGCUGUGCAGACCAUCAUCGCCCAGUACAGCCAGGAGAUUUUAAAAAAGGUCUCCCUCACCGAUCCGUCACGGGACAAGACACUGCACAUCCUGGCUUUAAUCCAAGAGAAAUCCAACCUUCCGCAACCCAGCCUGAGCUCCAGGAGCCACCACCUGUCUCCUAUGUACCUGUCUGCUGCCAUGCUGCUAGCUGCUCUAAGCUGGCAGUAUCUCAGUACUACAGCUGCCCAGGCGCAGGGCACGGGAGACAUGCAGUGACACUCUCCCUGAAGCUCACAGACUGGAAAAACAAACCUCCCCCCCUCUCCCUCUGGACUUUUUGUCUUGCUUUUCCUUGCAAAACAUGAGGAAUGUCUUUCUACAUUGGAGUCUCACAUUGGCUGUGAAAGUACCACAGACUUGUUGAACUUUUGUGGGGUUCUUGUAGCAGCCUGAUUUCAAAGGUUUCUGUGAUAUUGAAAUGUUCUUGUCUAUCUGGUGUUUUCUGCAAAGGACGAAUUUUAGGGAACAGUCACCAACCUUUAUGAAGCUUAUGUUGGAUUGUGUCUGAAACUUUGGUUUUCUGUGUUCAUGUUAAAUCCUCACUGUGAGAAACACUUGAAAGUACGUCAACAUUUGCACUGUUUGAUCACAUGGACAGAUUCCAAUGACAGAUUCAACACAUUUCAUAUUUCAAUUUUACCUUUUCUUCAAAAAUAUGUGGGAAAGGUGUCCACUAAUUUUGUCAGAUAUGAACUGAAUAAAUGGAAUAAAAUAAGAUAUUUUGAACAUAAGGAAUUUGUUAGCAAAGUGUCCUUAACAGCUUUGGUGAGUAGAAAGGCUAGCGCAGAAUAACCUUGUACAGAGCCAAAGGAGAGCUACAAUCAUUGCUAUGUAAUGUGACAUUUUCAUUUGUACAUAUUUGAAGAAAUAAAGAAGCUAAAGGAUGCGAUCUUAA